CCUUUUCCAUUUCAAUAAAAAAAAAACCCCAUAAAUCAAUUGCGUGAAAUUACAAUAAGUGUAAAAUAAUGAGUCCAUGCUUUGUUUUAUGAACCUGGAGCGUCCUCUCCCACACCACACUAGUCACUCCCCACAGAUAGAGAGAGAUCGCUCUUGCUUCGUGAACCUACUUUCUCCCUUAUUUUACGUGAAUGAUAAUGAUCACAUUAUACGUCAUUUCUUAGUUACUCCAGUCUCCAAACUCCAGAGAGAGAAGCUCAAGUUUUGAAUUUGCAUGUUCGAGUUUGCUAAGGUCACAAACGAAGAUUUUACCUGGAACAUCUCGGCCUUUCUCUUCAUGAUUCAUAGUUUCCGAGAAACUAACACAAAGCACUCUCCUUGCUGAGGAAAAACCAGAUUCAAAGCCGUGCCCUUUGACUCUUUGAGCCUACCCAGUCGGACUCUGAAAAACCCACAUAAAAAAAGAAAGAAAGAUGGGACCUUUUGCUUUCUUAACAUUAUCUAUUUUGUUCUCUGCCUUGCUUCAUUACUCCUUUGCCGGGUUACUCGCCGAACCGGUCGCUGGUCACGACCAGCCGUUAAAACCAGGCGACUACCCAAACUCGGUCCCUGCCUUCCCGGUCCAAACAGAGGCCCAGAGGUGCCGGCUUGACCUCUCAGCCGAGCUAUUCGGCGGCGUGAAUGACGCGUGCGGUAGAAACUUGGACCGGAGCCGAUGCUGCCCUGUUUUAGAGGCAUGGGUGUUCGCGGCUCACGCCCGUUCGGCCCUCCAGGUCCCAGCACCGGCUCCAGCAGCCGAGCCGGAUCUUCCUAUGAUGCCGGACGACUCGCAGAGGUGCGUGAACUCACUACAAAGCGCGUUGCUGAGCAAGAACGUGAGGAUUCCACAACCGAACGCGACCUGCGAUCCUAUUUUGUGCUUUUGUGGUAUAAGGCUUCAUCAAAUUAGCUCGCUUAGUUGCCCUGCUGCAUUUAAUGUCUCUGCCGGGUUUCAUAAUGUGACUCCCACUGCUGCUGUCAAGAAUUUGGAGAAGAAUUGCAGAAAUUCCUCGUACGCAGGAUGCACUAAGUGCCUUGGUGCCCUCCAAAAGCUAAAAGGCGGAUUCAGGAACGGUACCGAGGACCACAGCACGAGCGAGAGGGCCCACAAGAUGUUCAACAGGGACUGCCAGCUCAUGGGGCUGACGUGGCUACUUGCCCGUAACAAAACGGCGUACAUACCAACCGUUUCCGCUGUGCUGCGCGCCAUCAUGUACAGUGCGUACCCACCGCACGAAUCCAAAUGUAGUCCCGAUCAAGAAAACAUGCCGCUAGCCGUUGACUCGCUGCAGUUCGAGACGGGCCAAUCGUCUUCUUCAACCUUAUCGUCGCGUCAUUUUUCGUUGUUUACGAUUUUGCCCUUAAUGAUUUUGCUUUCUCUGUUUGGGUAGGGGCAAUCGUUGGUGGUUGGUAGUCUAUGAUUUUGCUGGCCUGUAUUUUUUUGUCAAGAAUCUGUGGGGAGGGGGGUCACCUGAUGGCUGAUGCUAGUAGACAAACGGGCUAAUGAGGUUCAGGGUUGUUUUUGUCCUUUUGCCACUGUAAAUUUCAGCCUCGUUUGCAGACUUGGUCUGUUUACUGUUUAGUAUUCUUUUCUUCCACAAAAGCUUUAGCAGUUUUGGGUAUUUCUGGCAUUACAAUGGUUGUAUAUUUGCCGUGGAAUCCAUUUUAGGUGCUCAGUUGGGUAUU